UUUAACGUUCUGCGUUUAAAAAAUAACGAUGUCGGGGCUUAAUUUGACCGUGCGUGUGCACCCGGUGGUUUUGUUCCAAGUUGUGGAUGCGUUCGAGCGUCGUAAUGCUGAUUCACAUCGAGUUAUCGGCACACUGCUGGGCUCGGUUGACAAGGGAGUUGUCGAGGUUACCAACUGCUUUUGUGUGCCGCACAAAGAGCAUGACGAUCAGGUGGAGGCGGAGCUGAGCUAUGCCUUAGAUAUGUACGACCUUAAUCGUAAAGUGAACGCCAACGAGAACGUCGUGGGCUGGUGGGCCACCGGCAACGAGGUGACGAAUCACAGCUCUGUCAUACACGAGUACUAUGCCCGGGAAUGCAACAAUCCGGUCCACCUCACUGUGGACACAUCGCUCCAAAGUGGUCGAAUGGGCCUGCGCGCCUACAUUUGCAUCCAGCUGGGCGUCCCCGGUGGCAAAACUGGCUGCAUGUUCACACCCAUACCUGUUGAGCUAACCAGCUACGAACCCGAGACUUUUGGCCUCAAAUUGUUGCAGAAGACGGUUACCGUAUCGCCAGCGCAUCGACCCAAGACGGUAGCGCCCAUGCUGGACCUAGCCCAGAUCUCUGAGGCAGCAACAAAACUGCAAUCUCUGCUGGACCUCAUACUAAAAUACGUGGACGAUGUCAUUGCGCACAAAGUGACUCCCGAUAAUGCGGUCGGACGUCAGCUCCUCGACCUCAUCCACUCUGUGCCACACAUGACUCACGAACAGUUCACGCAGAUGUUCAAUGCCAAUGUACGGGAUUUGCUAAUGGUUAUUACUCUCUCACAAUUGAUCAAGACGCAGCUGCAGCUUAACGAGAAGCUCACAUUCCUGCCAACGGCUUAAAUGAUGAGCGAAUAAAUGGGUUUAUUUCUAAAUGAAUUCCGCGUACUCACAUUUUUUGUCAAUGCGUCAUAAA